CCCGGCCGGGGCUGCAGGUGGAGGAGCCGGCGGCUGCGGCGGGAGCCAUGGGAGGCGGCUCGGCUCUGCGGCUGCUGCUGCUGGGCUGCUGGGUGCUGAGCCUGGGGCAGAUCCUGCUGCGCUGCGGCCGCCCGGGCAACGGGCCGGGGCCCUUCACCAUCAUCACCAUCCGCGGGGGGCCCGCCCCGGGCAGCGCCGCCCCCCGCCACGAGGGGACGGGAGCCCCGGCCCGGGGGCGCAGCCCGGGCUCCCUGCAGCGCUACCAGGACGAGAACGAGAACCUCGGCCAGCCCAAAACCCAGCAGGAGGUGGCCCUGCAGCCCUGGGCCGAUGGCAGCGAGUCGCUCCAAAGCGAAGCCGAGCGGUUCCUUACGUACAUCAGCACCCCCCAGCUGCCCUGCUCCCGAGCUCUGAGCCAGGCUGGGCUCCAGGAUUUUACAGCCAGCACUGCCGGGGCAUGGCGAGUUUGCCUAGAUCACAUGCCCACUGCGUCGCUGAAGCUGCAGCAGGAGAGGUGCCUGAUUUAUACCUUCAGCAUGGUCAAAAGGGGUUUUGAGUUCAGCCAGCGGAUGAGCGAAAUGCAGUGCCAGGUGCACAGCUUUGGCCUGACCCCCUACAAGCAGACCGACCUCUGGCAGAAAGGACAGGUGCAGCACCAUGCGCUGUGGCUGGACUGGCACGAGCGACGCCCAGUCACCUCCUUGCAGAGACGGAGGAGCCCUUCCAAGAGGCUAAAUCAGAUCAUGCAGGACUUUGGCCACAAGAAGAUCGACGUGUUGGAGGCGGACUUGGCCAGCGCCGAGUGGAAGAUUUUGGAGAGUAUCCUUGUGGAUGGCACCGUGGCCGCAGUGCACCAGCUGAUCCUCGCCAUCCACCUCCACUGGCCCGGCUUUGAGGUCAGUGGGAGCGAGGCAGCCGUGGUGCGGUACUGGUACAGCCUGCUGAAGGCACUAGAGGCCAGAGGGUUUCGCCUGUUCCAUAGCUUCAAGGACCUGCAGAAGCCACAGCUCUUCCUGCACAAAGAACUCUUCAAUGCCAGCAGCUCCUACACCCUGAGCUGGGUCAACACCUACUGGAUGUACUGAAAGGGGGCACACCAUGGGCAUUUGUGAGGGUGGGGCUGGGUAUUUUCAAACCUGGCUCCUGGCUGAGCUCGGAAUGGGUGUGCUUGUUAGGUCCCGGCUGGCCACAACGCACCACGGGCGGAAUUUGUAUUUCUGCUGCAUUCCAGGGACGGGUGAGGCAGCCAAAGGGGUUCUGGAGAUGAAUCCAGGAAACGCUGACAGAGGUCUAAGGCCUGUGACUCUGACAGCAAAAGCCACUCAGAUGGACGCUUCAACGGGGACUGAAAACCAGCAUAAGAGACUCAAAGGUGCCAAGGUUCCAAAUACCUCCUCCCACAAGACCAUCUAACCACUGCUCUGGCCUUGAGCACAUGUAAGAGCCUGAGUGUCCAGCUCACGUCCUUCCUGAUGACGCAAGGAGCGUGUCGGGGCACCGAGACCUGGCAGCCCAGACGAUAAGAAGCCGAGCUGAUGGCUCGGGGGAGAAGGUACAGCAGUGCUUCUGGCUGCUGUUUGCAUUGGCCCCCACUUCCAAAAGCCACCGAAAUGGCCACAGCAGACCUGGGAAGGAAGUUGCCAGUGCUCUGUUGUUGGGGGAGCCAUUCUAACCGGGAUGCAUCAACGAGUGCGUUUGCCAAAUGGAAGCAAUAGUUGCGGGGACCGGCAGCCUGUUGGCCUGAUGCUGUUAAGAUCAGCUGAGAUUUUCAGAGGAGGCUAAAGGAGGUUGGUGCCCAGUUCACACUUGGAUUCAGUUAGACCUGGGCACCUAACUCCUGUUGGCACCUUUCAGACUUCCAGCCAACGUCUAUAUUGAACGACACAGACUGUUCCACGAAGACUCAUCUGGCCCUGGGAGCACUGCUGCACCCACAUGCUGUCUACACAGUGGGCUGGAGAUCCCACGAGAGCUGGCUCUCUCUUCAGACACCAGCUCCUGCCACUUGGGUUAGGCUGUCCUGACGCCUUGCCUGUCUCAUUGUAUUUCAACUCAUCUAUUUCUGUCCAGAACCAGGGAGUGCAAAUUUGUAAAUGACUUUUAAAAACAAGGUUGGGAAAAGGCCAUUCACAUUUUUGGAAUCGCCAAAGUAAAGUUCAAAUUUGAAUUUUG